AUGCUCAUCGCAUGGUUCAUCCGUGGUCCCUCCGAGCAGAGUUUAGGGAGAAGAGGAGGGAGUGGUUCAGGGAUUACUACCACUCGUCCUGAGUCUGUAUCUUAUGGUACAGGACCACCUGCAAGUACAGAGACGAAAUGGAGAGGAUUAGGAGAUGAGCCGAAGAUUGCCGGCUCAACAGGUGGAUUCAUUGGACUGAUAUCCGGCAUUGCCAUUUUUCUGAUUGUAUCAACCUUCAUCGGAAUUUACCUGUGGAACAGAUACCGUAAAAGAUUACCACCGAAGACAAAGCGAAAAAGCGGAUUUCAUAAUCCUUUACCAUCCUUAUCAUUCACCUCUCGCGGCAGUGGUCUUAAUCGAGAUCCAUAUGCUGAACAAGUCGAUAUGGAAUUAAAUCAAGAUCAAGACUUGGAUGUAGGUGAUACGCCAAAAGCAUCAAAAUUCGGAUUUACCAGACCGGUAUAUACCAGACAGAGAUCAUCAGAAUGGGAAUUACCCGUCGAAACUCCCCCUCGUGCUCAACAUCGUCAACAACAUCAACCAGUGAAGUUACCAAAUCAACCUUCCGAAGCUGCUCUACCGUUGAAAACCAAAUCGCCUAAGCCUCGUUCACGAAGUAGUAGUGUAUCGUCGAAUGGAUCUAUCUCAACUUCCACCUCGACAAUGAAAGGGAAAGAGAGGAUUAUAAACCCAUUCGAAAAUCCUUAUAAUAAUUAUGACGAAUCGAGACUUAGUCCCAACCCCUAUUCCGCCCGACGUCAAGGUUCAACAUCUAGUUUAGGUUCUGCUGAUGGGUCUGGCAUAAUGAUUGGUCAGAGGCAAGGAACACCGUCAGGAGAGAGCGAUACGAGUGUGAGAGUGUCGCAGAUAAGAGAAGGAUCUAGGUUCGUGGAAAAGUUUGAAAGUAAAGAGUCUUUGGCGUUAUAG